UGUGAAUUUAUUGCAAACCAAGUGAGGUGACAUCCCUUUCUCAUUCUGCCUUCUCUAAGUCGCUAACCCAAUGUCUCUGUCGUAUGUUGGUAGAUGUUCAGCAAUAAACCGUUCAAGACAACCUCUCAUCUCCCAUCCUUGACAUGGCUUCGUCAGGAUUGAUAUCGGCGUUAGAAGACGUCGCAGACAAGCCGGCACCAGUCAAGGUCAAGACUUACAACGAAAUCCUCGCGCUUUUGACCGUCCCCCCUUCCACCUCAGACCCCGAACACGCUUUCAACAUCAUCAAAUAUGUCGACGCCGUCCUUGACUCCUCGGUCGGAAUCAUCUCCAUCCGGCCAAUCCUAAACACUCUGAUCCAGUCACUGGAGAAACAUGAAGCCGAUGUCCAGGUGCAGGUCGGUUCCCAUAUGCUAGAAGCACUUCAACCUCAGAUCGUGUCGUACGAAGAACAAGAUGCCUUGGUCAGAAGGAUCCUAGCCAAUGGUUACGAGGCGGAGGGAGAAUACACAUCCGCAGCCAAAGCGCUGCAGGGAAUCCAACUAGAUUCAACCCAACGUCAGAUCUCCGACCGACACAAAGUGGAGAUUGGAAUUCGCAUUGUGAGAAAUUUCCUCGAGGACAAUGACACGGUGGCAGCAGAGAUGGCGCUGAACAAGAUCAAGAACUCAGCGUCCGCGGCUCAGGUGCUCAAGGACUCACCCGACCUUCGCUUGCUCUAUCAACUGUCGCAGGCACGAAUUUUAGAUUCCCGCCGAGAUUUCCUCAACGCAUCGGCGGAAUAUCUCAAUGUCUCGUUCAACACCCUAGCGGCUGAAGAGGAUAGGAAGCAGGCGCUGUCGGCUGCCAUCAAAACCGCCGUGCUAGCCCCAGCAGGACCUCAGCGAAGCCGGGCAUUGGCCAAGCUCUACAAGGACGAACGAUCAGCCGAGACUGAAGAAUACGGAAUCCUGGAAAAUAUGUUCUUAGAUCGUUUGCUCUCGCGCACUGAAGUGGAAGCUUUUGCGUCAACUCUCGACCCCGAUCAGCUGGCCCCGCACGCCGACGGCAGUACAGUGUUGAGCAAAGCAGUGAUUGAGCACAAUCUACUGGCGACCAGUCGCCUGUACGAAAACAUCACGACGACGGCGCUGGCGCACAUUUUGGGCUUGAAGGAUAGCACAGACGAGACUGCAGCAGAAAAGGCCGAGCAAUAUGCGGCUCGGAUGGUGGAACAGGACCGGCUACGAGGAGAAAUCGACCAAAUGGCUGGAAUCAUCACCUUUGAGAGUGUUCCUGGUGUCGCGCUCGGAGGACCUAGUCGUGACCUCCGACAAUGGGACCAUGGUGUCCAAGGACUGGUGGAAGACGUCGAACGUUGUGUGACAGGCAUCACUGAAGCUUUUCCCGGUUUUAGUGCUGGACAGACAGUGCAUUGAAAGCAUAGCAUAGACUGCUUUCCACGACUACAACUUUAACCAUGGUAAUUAUCAGUAUCGGCCGGCUUCAGAGCUACAUGGCUCCAACAUCCAGUCAAGACGAAAUAGACCAACCAAACCACCCUUAUCAUUAGGGCUAUUGAAGAGGCACGUCAAGACAAGUGCCAUGGAAGGACCCGGGGCAAGUCGUGUACUACGACUAGAGAGCAUCUGAAAGAGUCUUGAACUCGGAAGAAAUUCCGCCGAGGUCCAUGUAACAUGGGCAUAAGCAUGGGGUUAUUCCACAGCAAGCGAAGACAUGACCGGAUUGAUCCCGGCCUUUACUGAUUGGUUAACUUGGCUUUUCGGGAUGGAUGCGUAGAGAGCCAAGGCACGUGACUUGCUCAACAUGAGGCUCUAAUGGAAUAUUACCAUAAAGUGACAUAAUCUCGACCACAACAUCAUGAACGAGUCGUCUAACUCUAACCCAAAUCAUGAUCAAAUCCCAAAAAACAG